AUGAACCCAGAAUCCCUAGGUGCCCCAUACGAUCUGGGGUUGCGAAAGCUUGCGAUUUGGAUACGACAGUUCAACGUCAACAACGAACCAGAGACUGAAUUUCACUUAUUUGAAAGCAUCCGGCUCCGGCUAGGCUUUAGAAUGGCUGCGGAGUUCCUUAAUCCUCCGAUAGCGACAAUGAGUGAUGUGGGAUAUCGAUGGAUAUCAACAAAAUAUCUGAUGGUUCCGCCUCCAGUCGCAUGGGCUCACAUAACGCUAUGA